AUGGACAUCCUAGAUACACAUGCCUAUGACAGGCGGCAGAGGAGAAACAUGUCUUGUGCUCUCCUUUUCUCUCUCUCGCCUUUCAUUUUGUCCACAGCUUUGUACUUCUACCUGUGGAGUCCUGACUCGCCCGCGUCCAUCACGACCGCAGGUGUCAAAUCAGCACCAACAGUCCUAUUGGCUGCAGCAGUGCUGAGCUGGAACGGAGGUCAGAGUGUCCUGGGUGUGGCAGGAGGACUGCUCUUCUCCGCUGUUGGUGACUGGUGCCUGGUAUGGCCUGAGCUUUUUCUGCAUGGAAUGGGUGCAUUUGGUGUGGCUCAUCUGCUGUACUCACUCACCUUCCUCUCCGGUCAUUAUGCAGCAUAUUCCUCUUCCUCUUCCCUCUGGAUCCGUUGUCUAUAUCUGAUCCUGUUCAUGGUGGGAGGAGGUUUCUACAUCUACAUAUAUCCAUUCCUGCAAAAGGCGCCAGACUCAGAUCUACUGAUUCCAGCUGUGGGGGUUUACAUUGUUUUAAUUGUUCUAAUGGGCUCAUUAGCCAUCAGAACACGCCACACAGCAACACUGUUAGGAAGUUUGUCCUUCAUGGUGUCCGACCUGUCACUGGCUCUGCAAGUGUUCAAGGCGACGGCCCCAAUGGAGCAUGGUAACGCUAUCACCAUGGUGACAUAUUAUUUGGCACAGCUGCUAAUAGCCGUGGGAGAUGUAAAGUCAGUUGAGAACAAGGAUGACUUUUCAAAAUGGAAGAGAUCCUAAACAGCAGCCAUGUGGCAUCCCUAGAGUCUGAUGUAUAUGUAUCACCCUGGCAAAAUACUAAAACUGCCUAUAAAUUCUUCUUGUAGUUUUUAAUAUCAUCCCAUCAGAGAGG